GUCAGCUGGAAGAGAGAAAGCAACAGAGGGGCACGAAAGACUUCCUGACACCGAUUUUAAUGUGUGUUAACGACGAGGAAAUGACCUUGUUUCCACCAGGAGGACUCAGGAGUGUGUUCCCAUGAACCGAGAACACCGGAUGGUGGAGGGGGGGGUGGUGGGCAGUGUCCCACCUGUGGCUCCCCCGACCGUCAAGCUGAAGUGGGCCGAACAUCUGACCACUUCAUGGCUUGCAGAGGAUUGCCAGGCGAUUGCUCUUCGGGACUCUGUCUUAGCUCUGUAUGACAGGCUUCUUGAAAACAAGGAGGUGGUGGUUGUGGCAGGGCCUGGGUGUGUCAUGCGCGGAGGCCCCCAGCUCCCAGACUAUGAGCCGGAGCCUCCCUCGUCCGCAGAUCAGCUCAGUCAUGUCAAUGCCCUCCUAGCGUCGCAGGCUGCUUUGGCUCGCUCCACCGCAGCCCAGCCCCGUUUCUCAGCCCUCCUCCACAAGCGACUGAUCGUGCUGCAGAGGAUUUACCAUGCUCUGGCCCGAAGCUUCCACCAGGGCUCAAGGGAGAGGGAAAGGGCCUUAACAGGGAACACUGAACGAGGACCCACGACAGACCUCCAGGGCAAUGGGGCCUCUUUGUCCGCCAAUGAGGCCCUAGUAGAGCUGGGCGUGCGCACUGGGUUGUCCCUUCUCUUCACGAUACUCAGACAGGGCUGGUUGAAUAACUCUGGUGGAAGUCUUUGUUCCGAAGUUUUGGGAACAGCAGUGUCAGUUGUUCGGGCACUUCCACCUCUGUCUCUGGCAGUUGAGUCUAAGUUACCCCGUGUUGGCCUAGCUUCGCUAUCACAGCUGACAACCUUUCUUGCGGAAACAGCAAAGCCAUCAUCACCUGCAGAUCCCACUGGUCGAAAGUUGAGUGCAGAGUUGCUACUUGGAUUAAGUCUCCAGAGAGGUUCAUUGCGCUACUUACUGGAAUGGGUACAUAUGGCCCUCAGUGCUGCCACGACUGCUGCGGAGGACAACAGUGAUGGGACGUGCAUCAGUAGCAGCUGUUUGCAAGAGGUAAUGAAUUCUCUGGCGCAGAGUGGUGAGUGCAUCAUAGGUGGGCUAAUACCUGGUGCACUUGAUGACCACACAGUACCACUCUACCAAGCCUCACUCAUACUGAUGGAGAAACUCACACUGUUGGCUUGUGAAUAUGCUCGUACGUGCAUUGGCGAUUCAUGUGAGGAAGUGAAUGAAACAAAUGAAUCUUGCGACGUAUAUGUGUGGGGCAGCAAUUCUUCGCAUCAACUGGCAGAAGGAACACAGGAUAAGAUUCUUUCUCCGAAGCUGACUCAUGCAUUCAGCAGUGUGCAGCAGGUCGAAGCUGGGCAGUAUUGCACAUUUGUGGUACACAGUGAUGGGGGAGUAAGUGCCUGUGGGAAGGGAAGCUACGGAAGGCUAGGUCUUGGUGACUCCAACAACCAGCCCUCACCGAGGAGACUGAAUUUGGAUGCAAGGGUGAGGAGAGUCUCCUCCUCCAAAGGCAGUGAUGGCCACACCAUGGCAUUGUCCACGUCUGGUCAAGUCUACACCUGGGGUGAUGGUGAUUAUGGGAAGUUAGGGCACGGAAAUAAUGUGACCCAGAAGUACCCAAGGCUCAUAGCAGGUCCUCUCAGUGUAAAAGUGGUGCGGUGGGUAUCUGCAGGAUACCGUCAUUCAGCCUGCGUGACCCAGGAGGGUGAACUGUAUACGUGGGGUGAAGGCGACUAUGGGAGAUUGGGUCAUGGAGAUAGCACAAGUCGAAAUGUGCCAACACUAGUGAGGGAUAUAUCUGGUGUGGGUCAAGUGGUAUGUGGCAGUGCCCACACACUUGCUCUCUCAGCCGAUGGUAGGACAGUGUGGUCAUUUGGAUCAGGUGACCAUGGUAAAUUAGGCCAUGGUGAUACAGCGAAAGUCUAUCGUCCUCGUGUCAUUGAGGCUCUGCAAGGGCUCACCAUACGGAAACUAACGACAGGAACCCAAGUAUCAUUUGCUCUAGCAGCUCAUGGGCAGGUUUGGGUAUGGGGGUCGGGAGCAUGUCUGGCCCUGGGGUCGUCCGAUGCAACCAUGCUCAGGCCUCGUCCCAUUGAGGAGCUGGCAGGACUGAGGAUUGUCGACAUCUCUGCAGGAGAUUCACACGCUCUUGCACUAACCCAUGAAGGCGAGGUUUAUGCCUGGGGAUCAAACACAAUGGGCCAGUGUGGCCAGGGACACACAGUAUCACCCAUUACAAGACCAAAGAAAGUUAUGGGGCUAGAUGUUGCUGUGCAUCAAAUCAGUGCAGGAACCACACAUUCUAUGGCUUGGACAGCCAUACCAACUGAUCGACGAGUGGUAUCCUGGCACCGGCCAUUCUGCGUUGACCUGCAGGAAGGAACGUUUUCUCUGCUACGUACAUUCAUUGAGCUUUACUGCUGCUUUGACGAUACUGAACAGCCUGUAAAACCAUUUGCUUCUGUCAGAGAGCAAGAGAAAUUUGUGCUCCUGUGUUUACAGCUGCUCAACACACACCUAUCACUAGCUCUGACCGGGGGCAUGACACAGACAGUUCUAGGAUCGGAGGCAGCACCCCUUCGGCAGCUGCUCUUCAGACUAGUAGAUGCAAAGUUACCCCGGGCAAUAGAGGCAGGUGUAUGUGAAGGACUGAGCUCGCCACUCCUCCUGCCGCCUUUAGCCUCUCGCAUGAGCCUCCUCUACAACCUCCUCCCGAAGUCGCCGGAGGACUGGGGGCAGCUCUCUCGUGGCCAGCGUCUGCAACUUGGAAUUCUGGUGGUGAGUCUCGAGGACCACAGCCAUGUAGCUGCUCUGCUGGGUUACGGGUCCCCUGAGGAUGCGCCCUCUAUGCAACACGGCUCAUCUACUACACUGCCUCAAGACCUCAUGCACACACUGUUGGCAAAUCUGAGAUUCCAUGCAGAACACCAGUUAAAUCAAAUCCUUGAAGAAGAAAAACCUGCUAAAAGUGGGCUCCUUAAAGACACCCGUCAUAUUUGCCAACCGGCGACCCAGCAAGCCAGCUAUGAUGUGGAAAUGAAGGGACCACAAGUUACCACGGUACAAGAGCCUCAGGCUGCUUGUCAAGAGAGCUCACCUGGAAUGCAGCAAGGACAACAAAAAGUACCAACCAUUGCCAUUCAGGAUUACGGCAAAGACAAAGUGGGGCCCAGCAGCUACGAAACGAGACACCAGUACAUAGACUCGCAGCUUGGGGGUACUCAUCCUCAGCAUCUGCUUCGCCUUUUGUCCACACUGCAUUCACACCUCCUGGCUUACUGUACUCACCAUCAGUUUGAAGAGAAGUCAGCGAGCAUGCACCUCUUAUACGACCAUCUGAGUGAGCUCCUGGGGGUGUGUGGUGAACUGCUGAAACAGACGUCCAAGCUGCUGGCCUCACAUCCUGGACUCGCCCAUCUCAUUCAUGAUGUUGUCUACCGGAGUGUGUGUGGCUGGGUCAUGGCCCACAUUGUGUAUGCCCUUCUGCUUUUCCCGGCCAGGCUGGUUCGGCCUCUGCUUGGCCCCCUGAGGGCCAUUCUCCCCAUCCUAGACUCGACAAAUCGCACCAUAGCUUCCGUCACCUCUUUUACUGACCAAGAGGAUGUGACCUCAGAAGUUGACACGCCCACCCCUGAUACCGUUAAAAGUGUUGGUGGUGGGGUUGUUGGUCGUCAGUGGGCCUGGCUGUUGGACGUGGAACGAGCCUGUGGACUUGUGGUUGGUCGCUGCUUAGAAGGGAUGCUGCUCGGUCCACCUUUGACACCAAAUGAAGUCCGUUGUAAACCUUGGCUCUCCACACAGCUCUUCUGCAGUGGUCUUUCUGUGGAAAAUUUAUGUCCAGACAAAGUUACCCGAACCAUCAAUUAUGUCUUAAGCAUUGUUGAGUGUGGAAAACAACUUGUGAUUGAAGCUCUGCAGAAUAUGACAGCAGCCUUCCCACAACUUGCAACAGUUCUUGAGUCAGAGAGCCAAAUGAUGCUCUGGAUGGAGGAAAUGGCGUGUGGUGAAGACUGGGACACGUGUGAGGUUAAGGAUGACCCACUUCUGGAUACGUCGACACACCUUCUGCUCUCCACCUUUCUGAUGCAUUCAGAAAUUUCUCAGUCACAGCUCAGUCUCCACUUCUGUGGUGUGAUGCGAGAGGUGUUUAGACUGGUGUAUCAUAUAAGGAGACGACUUGUCACACUGAAGACUCAGGAGACGACAGUUAAAAUACCAGCUAUAGCAACUGAAAUUAUAUCAUCACCAGCAGAAGUUCAUGAGCGAUCGCAAGACGGAUCAGAGUCUGCGCAGGAUGAAGAACGUGCUCGUGUGGAAUUGGUAGAGCAGAUGCUGUCUCUGAGAGUGUCUCUAAACCAUGAACCAGGGUCAACGGAAGACCAGGAGGAAGUGCGUGAGUUGAGGGAACGUCUGAUGGCCAUGAGAACUCAGGGACCUUUUGAAGACCAAGAUGUAGAUGAAGGUGGUCAGGAUCCUGUGGAGGAGGGUGUGAGUUAUGAGGCUGCUAAUAUACACAUCAUUACCCAGUGUCUUGUUCUGAUGAUGUGUGUGCAGCCUGCAAAACUCUUCAAUCAACCACCAAUUGAAUUAUCCAUCCAGGAGGUGAUUGGGAUUGUGUUAGGGCGUUGCGUUGACGUGCUGAGGUUUGUUGGAGCGGAGGACCACCAGCUGUCCCACAUCAAAACCACCCACACCCUUCCUCCAGGACCAGAGGUGCUGCUGGCAUCUAUGACCAUUCAACAGGCCAGAGCAGAGUCUCGCCUCAAAGCCUUGGAACUGAUGUUGAGUCUGCUGACACCAGUCCAGGAUGGUGAGAAGAGUGAGGAGGACGGCAGACCGAAUGCCUCUCUGGAGAAGACAUGUGGAUCUCUCUUGCCUUCUGUUUACCACGAGGUCAUGACUGGGUGCUUCGGCCUUGAGAGCCUGUGGAGCAGCAGCAGCUAUUCCCUGAUUCGAUCACUAGAGGCCACGCACUACCUGGACGGCAUAAGGGCUGCCACACAACCCAUGCAGCAAAGAAUAGCUAGGACUGUCCAUAUUAUAUACAAACAUCUGGUGUCGUCUCUCCUUCAGCACGAACAGCCAGAUAAAGGACUCCGAGAACGAUUGUGCCUGCUCACAGUCUUUGCCCUGAGUGUUCGAUAUGAGGCUGCAGAUCUUAGUCUAGCUGUCUCUAGUGGGCUUCUGGAUGCCCUGGUACGAAUGUGCUGCCCCUAUGACCCUCCGGCUUUGCGACACACUCCGCACCCAUCACCUUCUGAUCUUCUUCCCCAUGCUACACAUACACUCUUCCAAAUCCUUACCAUCUUAACAGGGUAUUAUGCUGAAGAUAUCAGCACAUCAGUGCUAGGCCAAGUAAUGAAUCUGCUGUACCUGCAAGUGGAAAACCUGGCAAACCAUAUAAUUAAAGCCAAUGAAGCUUCAUGGACAAGUUUCAGCCAUAGUGAACCUGCAGUUCCUGAAGAGAAAAAGAAUGUGGAGGUGAUAUCAGAAGAGACACCAAUGGACAGAGCAGAUUCUGAGACAAAUGAAAUGGAUGUAGAAAUAACUAAUGUAAAAGAAAAGAAGGCUGGCCAAAGAAAGUUGGAAUUACAUCUUCCAGGACUGAAUGCAGACCAAGUGAGCAAUAAUUCAGGAGAUGCAAGAAAACGUAGACAUUUGGAAGUGACCCUUGGUAACUUGCUUGUGUUUGUCCGUCGUUUGUGUGUAAACCGAAGGGUGAGAGAGCUAGUUGGCAGGCAUCCCUGGGUACGGCUAUUAUUAUUAGUGACAGGAGAGCAGGCAGAGACUCACCUACCACAGAUGAUCAGUGUUAGGACACGAGUGUUGGCACUUACCCUCCUUGGAGCAACUCUUCCAUAUUCUGAUCUUGACCUUGAAGCACGUGAACAAGUUGUAAGGCAGCUGUUUAUGCAACUAGCAGCCAAUAUGUGGGUGGUACCAUCAGCUCAGGCACAUCUUAAGGCCAGUCAGUUACUCAUGGAACUACAGCGUCAUCUGGUAAGGCUCUCCAGUCCAGAUCUUCUUGAUGAACAGUCUCGGCCAGAGUCUCCUGAUGAUAACCUACCCGUACAGGAGGUUGGGUUUGAUCCUGAUAAAUCUGUCUGUUGCUCCGUAGAAGGAGGUCACACACUUGUGCAUGGGCCAGGUGGAAGAGGAUAUGGUCUAGGAUCCACACCAAUAACUUCCGGAUGUUACCAGUGGAAAUUCCUCAUUGUAAAGGAGAACAGAGGUAAUGAAGGUACUUGUGUUGGGGUUUCGAAGUACCCUGUACGAGACUACAGCCAUAGGACAUCAUCAGAUAUGUGGCUGUAUAGAGCAUACUCUGGGAACCUCUACCAUAAUGGUGAACUUAGUGUUUCACUUCCAAGCUUCACACAGGGAGACUACAUUACAGUUGUACUUGAUAUGGAAGCCAGAACUCUCAGCUUUGGAAAGAAUGGGGAAGAACCACGUCUUGCUUUUGAGAACAUUGAUGCAACAGAGCUAUAUCCAUGUGUGAUGUUUUACAGCACCAAUCCUGGAGAAAAAGUGAAGAUGGUAGACAUGCAGGUGAGAGGCUCCCCAAGAGACCUAGAUCCUGGGGACCCGCUGUGUGCUCCUCAAGCAGCCGUUCUGGCAGAGGCUCACAUUGCUCUGCUUCGACAACUGCAUGAGGCACCCAUCUGGACACAGCAAGUGAAUGACUGCAUAAUAGAAAGACUGAAUCAGACCAAAGAGCUCAUACCCCAACCAAAAGAUGUUCCUGAGAGUGUAGAAACAAAUCUCGUAUAUGAAAUGAAUCUUGAGCAGCUGUGCAAAGAGGUUUAUCCUGCUCUUGCCAUGAUUGGUGGAGUGGACAGCGGGUUGCGUGUUGGGGGUCAAUGCGUCCAGAAGGGCACAGGUCGCAGGGCCAUGGUUCUUGGUGCACUGCGUCAGGGGCAUCCUGCUGUGAAGGUACAAUGGUGUGACUGGGAUACAAGUAUUAGUGAUGUGCCAGUAUCUUUCUUGGAGCCAGUGGAACCACCACCUUUUGAUGUCUCAAAAAUGACUGGCAUAACAGCUCAGGUCAUUACACAGAUCAUGCGACUGGCUGGGCUUACCCAAGAGAUUGAGUUCCCAAAAGUCACCUACAACCAUGAGACAGAUGAGGUGCAUACUUCAUCUACAGGCAGCCUGAUUUCCCCACACCUUCCCCAAGCACAUGAAGAAGCAAAGUCCCAAAAUGCAAUGAACUCAAGUGGGCCGUCACACUCACCAAGUCCUCGCAAAGGGUCCAGGGGAAGUGGUGAUGGCUUGACAAUGGAGCUGUUGACAGACCAGCUUGUCACGAACAUUAUGGAUGAGGUAACUGGGAGAUCAGUAGAAGUCCCUGAGCAGCAAGAGCCAGUAGUGCCAAUGCAAAAAGAUUCUCCUCAGGUAACUAAUACAGGGGAAUUAGCAGUAGAGGAAGGCAUGGCACUGCGCCUGGCAUUCCUCCAGAGUGCCAGCUUGCGUGCCAUUUGUGCUAUCAUGAACUGCACGCGCUAUGCAGAGAUGUUGCUGGUUCCCAAGGCUGCUCAGGAAAAGGAUGGUGGUGAAAAGGGUAGUUCUGUGUCCCUUUUACAUGAAGAAGACGAAAUCCGCACAGCAAUAAGAGUUCUUGUCAGACAUCUGGUUUCUGCUUGUACAUUAGCUCAGCCACUAAAGAGGCAAGUGAGUGUGGCAGAAGUGGAGCGAUCGCACCUGGUUCUUCAUAGCAUGUGCAUGAGAGCCUGGGCAGAAGACAGCCUGAGUGUCGCUGACACCCAGUCUCGUAUCAUGGCUCUGACAGCAAAUGAAGAAAGAGCUACAGAUCAGAUUGUGGAGGCAACAGAACGGCCACAGAGUAUCAUCACUGAACUUCCUACGACAGGAACAGAUGACUGCCCUAUAACAGUACCAUGUGCUCCAGCUAGUCAUCCUGGAGGGGAAGUGCACUCUAUACACUCUGCCUCUCAGUCGUCUCGCACAACCCACAGUCCUUCAAGGGGUCGUUCUGUGGGCCCCCUGACCCCACAGAGUGCCCCACUUCCCCCCAUGGCAAGGAGUCACUCUCCUUCACCUCCUCUGACCCCCCUCCCUCCCUUGCCUCCCCCAAUCGCCACUCCGUUGCUGGAGAUGGGAUUCUCGCUCAAACACAUUCAGAAAGCUAUUGCUGCCCAAGGCCACAAGGGUGAACCAUCAGCAGCUCAAAUCAACCAGCUAGUGACAUGGAUGCUGGAACACCCUUGCAUUGACGCCAGUGAGACCAGUGAGAGGCGGCGUUCUCAUGACGACACCUCCUCUUCUUCUGUUGCUGCUGCAGCUGCACAGUUAAUUGAAAGAAGUGAUAUACAGGAUCUCAGUGGAAGGAGGAUGAUUCUCCGAAGAGGAGGGUGCGUCGAUCUCCGUUCAUCCGUGGUUCCUUCUAGACCAUCAGGACGUGGAUUAGACACCAGGGACACUGAGAGCUCAAGACAAAUGCAGCAUGGGCGCAGCGAGCCAACACGCUUCCGAUAUGGAGGAGUGGGGUUCGAAGACCAACUGAGAGGGUCAGAUGACUCCAUUGGAACUUUGCCCAAUGAUUUAGACCAGUGGUUGUGCGGCUCUGUUGGGCCAGACUCUAUGCAGGGAUCUUCUGCCUUAUCUGCAUCCAGGGAUCGAGAAUGGAGGGCUUUGAUGGAGGUAGCAACAAAUAAUGAUGGGGACAGGACUCUCAGCAUCUGUGAAGUUUGUCACCAUGCCACAAGCAACCUCCGUCAACACAUGCGGGUUGCCCACCCUGGUUGUGCCCGGCCCUGGAUGGCUGGCGUUUGUGGUACGCUUAUUGGUGGAACGUACAUCUUAUGUGAGGUGUGUCAGGAGCAGCAUGCAGGGGGCAGCAGUAGCAUUGGGGGUUCUGGGGGCUCAGGGGACGGUCAAGAUCGGCUGCGGGACCUGACUACAGUCCUAGCCCCUGACUUGGCCCCAGCUCCUCUUGCCACCAUGGAGGAUGACGGUCUCAGUAUGAAUGAGAUUGACCUGAAGAUGACAAAUUACAGUGUGAUAGCUUCGCGUCUUGGUCUGACAGACAGAAGGCCCAUCCCGGACCCCAUGCCUUUCCCUCGCCCUGACCCCCUUGGGUCGACCACGCUUGUUUCAAACAUUGGGGAAUCUUCAGAAGCCACUAAUACUUCCGGAGCUCGCCCACGUGAUAGCAACAUAACUGCUGUACCUGAUCGAAGCCUAGGAGAACAGGCUGCGGCUCUCACUUCCCCGAUUGCAAGGAUCUCGGCACUCCGGCGCACCACACAUGCCCUCAGGGUCACCAUAGCUCGUGCCGUUGUGAUGCGAGCUCUGUCUCUCCUUGCCUUGAGCGGUGGGUCUUGCGACCUGUGGGCUGGGCUAAACGCCCUGGGGCUCUGCGAUGUUCGCCUGCUAGUCCGAUUGAUGUGGUUGGUUGCACAAGGACGUGUACCACUUGAUGGAUCUGCACGGACGACUGGUGCCGUGCUACAGCCAACAGACAUCACCACGAGCCUCGCACACCUGAGUGAUGCUAUUGGUGCUCUUGCCCAAAAUGACACAGAUGCAGCCAAACUGCUUCUACAUUUGUGUACACAGCAUUUGAUGGUAGCAGCCAUGGGCAUGUCCAGUGGAGACAUUGUAGGAGGAUCAGGAGAAGAAGAUGUAGAUGUGACGCUGUGUGAGGAAAGGAGAGGCUGCCAGAAUGCCUCCGCCAUGCACCAGACAAGCUUUCCCGUGACACAGGCACUCGUGUCCCUCCUGGCUGCCAAUUCCUCCCUUAUCCAUUUGGCAGGGAAAGGAGAAGCUGUAACAUCUCCAGUGACCGCAAGUGGGGGACAGGGAGACCCUGGAAUUCAACUGGCUAAUGCCCUUGCUGCUUGCAUACUGUCCACGCGCCUUCCACAUUCACACCGUCAGUGGGCUGCAACUCAGCUGGUUGAAUGCAUUGGAGGCCGUGCACAGUUGGCUGAGCAUUGCAGUGAUUUUCCGGGGCCUAAUAUCACUAGUGCAGCUGACUUCACAGGAGCUCUGCCACGUGUGCCAACUUCUUACCUGGAAGGGCAUACAGCAUGUGCCUCGAGGGCCCUCUGGAUGCCAGGAAAGAACUUGCUUGUUACCAGUGGACACGAUGGCUCGGUAAGAACUUGGAAGGUGAGUCAGCGUUCCCACGCCUGCCAAGAACACACGUUAGUGUUCCAACAGGAUGAGAAUGACAGCAACUACUCAGUCAAUCCUCCUGCCAUAGAACAUGUGGUGGCUUUACCCACUGGACGACACAUUGCUGCAUCUUCUGAUAAUGUUCUCAAUAUAUGGCCGUUGAAUAGUAGCACUGUGGCAGCAUGGACAAGUAGCAGCAUCAUAACAGCACUUGAGGCUCCUCUACAUGGUGUGUGUGACCUCAUAAUCACUGGGCAUCAUGAUGGCUCUGUUACACUAGCUGCCUUUACAGCGAGUGGCAUUAUUCCAAAUCCUAUUAGGCAUGCUGGAAGGCAGGAUGUGUAUGUAAGUUGCCUAGCAUGGCAGGACCAAGAUAAAGAUCUGGCAGUGGGUUUCAGUGAUGGCGUUGUCCGUGUUUGUUCAGUCCAGUCUGACGUGGGGAGUGUCACUGUUCAAGCCCAACAGGGUCCGGUUCAGUGCCUAGAAUGGAGUAGCAACUGUUGCUUGCUAGCUUCCUGUGGGGAAGGUGGCACCAAGGUUUGGACUCAGACAUCAAAUGGAUGGACUCCCAUGUAUUCCUUGGAUUACAAAUCUCUGCCGCUAUGCAUAAAAUGGUCUCCAAUUAUAAGUGGAGUACUUGAAGGGGAAUGUACCCAUAUGUUAGUUGUGGGGCAUGAGGAUGGUCUAGUCACAGUGUGGGUAGUGCCCCAGAGUCCUGCUUCCACUGGGGAUUCAGAAUAUAGGGGCAGUGCACAGCAUGGUGAAGGUGCCGAGUCAUAUGACCCAAGGUGCCAGCUGCAGCUCCGAGGCCACCAGAGCCCAGUCACUUCCUUGGCCAUCUCAACCUCGGGUCUUAUGCUGGCCACAGGUUGCCAGAAGAGCAUGAAUGGAAUGGUGAAUGUCUGGUCUCUACAAGAAGGCUCGCUACUUCAGACUUUGGUUGGCUCAGGAGGAAUUAAUGCCUUGGUUUGGUGCGGAACGUCUGGCUUGGGCAUUUGCGUGUCCCGAUCACAGAACGUAGUGUUUACAGCACUCUCGGAUGACCAGUUCUUCAAGCUUCGUAUCCCGGCUUUCUGUCGCACGCGUCUGCACACAUGGGGAAUGACGGGGCUGCAUCAGGCUCCCUGUCUGCGAGCGCUCUUGUCCCACCUUCCCUCUCUGCUGCUCUCUCAGUACCAGCAUGAGAAGCCGAUGGUGAGCAGUGGAGAACAACUAGUGCACAGCCGUUACCUUCAGCAGCUUUGUUCCUUGGCAUUGUUACUCAGGUUGGACUGCGUCCUCUGCAUGCAGCCAACUCCAGUUCACGUUACCAGACCAGAAUCAGUUUUUUCAGUUGUCGAAUGGAAUUGGCUGGAAACACUUUGCACAGCCGUGAGCACAGCAGAAAGCCUUAAAAAGCGAACACCUCUUCCUCGUGCUUUUACAACUCAGCUCUUAAAACAUUCGGAUGAUAAAGAACACCUGAACUAUGCCGCGGAAAAUGGCAAAUGGGAUGUGGAGCAGGAUGCAGCCGUGAUGUCGUGGGCGACACAUCACCCUGGGGACUGGCAGGUUGGAGGACGCUGCCAGGUCUACAUGUGGGGCAGUGGGAGGCAUGGGCAGCUGGCAGAGACUGGUCGAAGCAGUUUGGCACCAGUACUUACAGAAUCUCUAGGAUGUGCACAGCAAGUUGUCUGCGGUCAAAAUUGCACAUUCAUAGUGACCGCCAAUGGAUCCAUCUUGGCCUGCGGGGAGGGGAGUUAUGGCCGCCUUGGCCAAGGAAACUCGGACGACCUACACACGCCCUCUGUCAUAUCCACCUUGCAAGGCUUUGUCGUGACACAAGUUGCUACCUCGUGUGGCUCAGAUGGCCAUAGUUUGGCCGUAACGGACAGUGGAGAAGUUUUCUCAUGGGGGGAUGGAGAUUAUGGCAAGUUAGGUCACGGGAACUCUGACCGUCAACGGAGGCCAAGGCAGAUUGAGGCGUUCCAGGGACAGGAGGUCGUUCAGCUGGCUUGCGGAUUCAAGCACACGGCAGUGGUGACAUCGGAUGGCAAACUGUUCACUUUUGGGAAUGGGGAUUAUGGAAGACUUGGUCUGGGGUCGACUGCAAACAAGAAGCUGCCCGAGAGAGUCACAGCCCUGGAUGGCUGGCGGAUUGGUCAAGUGGCUUGUGGACUGAAUCACACUGUUUGUAUAGACAUUGACGGAAACACUGUUUGGGCUUUUGGAGAUGGCGACUAUGGAAAAUUAGGCUUAGGGAAUUCCACUUCAAAGUCUACACCACAGAAAGUAGAAGCUAUGUGUGGUAUUGGUAUAAAAAAGGUUUGUUGUGGCACUCAGUUUACAGUGUUUCUCACAAAAGAUGGCCGCGUUUAUACGUGUGGAAUGGAUCGCCUCAUUGGCCAGCCAGAAUCACGGACAAGAGGACACAAUCGGCCUCAGCAAGUUCCUGCUCUCGUAACUCAUGUAGUGGUUGAAAUAGCAGUUGGAUCUGAACACACAUUGGCACUCGCUAAUAAUGGAGAUGUGUAUGGCUGGGGAGUAAACAGCGACGGACAGUUGGGACUUGGGCACACUGCAGCAGUGCGAGAACCCCAGCUCAUCUGGACGCUGUCAGGGAAGGGAAUCCGUCAGAUCAGUGCUGGUCGCAGCCACAGUGCAGCCUGGUCAGCCCUGCCACUUCCCCCUGUGACCCCAGGGACCCCAGCUCCCAUGCAGCUUGGGAUUCCCGUGUCAGUGCCACCACAAUACCCAAACUUGCAGAACAUUCCCCCAGGUGCUCUCUGCUCAAGGCUGAGGAUGCUCCAUCAGUUCAGUGAUCUGCUCUAUGCAUCAUGGAAGCUCAUACCCCUGACACCUGGGCUGGAAUGCUACAUAGAAAUGUGAGCGCAGUAACCUGUGCAGGCUGUGCGUUCACUUGUGUCACCUAGAGUCUACACCCUACCUUUGGUCCGUUGCCUUGGUCGAACUAUGGUCCAGGGACGAAAUUACGGGCCCCAAGUUACAGUCAAAAGAAUAUCGACAAGAGGAGCACCGUGUAAGCCUAUUUUCAUACAAUUGGCUCGGCAAGUAGUGAAACUUAAGCCAUCAGAUCUGAGACUUCCCUCCAGAGCUUGGAAGGUAAAACUUGUUGGCGAAGGAGCAGAUGAUGCAGGUGGUGUGUUUGAUGACACAAUGACAGAAAUGUGUCAUGAACUGGUGACAGGUGGAGUUCCUCUUCUCAUACCAACACCCAAUGCAGUCUCAGAUGCUGGAAAUAACAGGGACCGUUUCCUCCUUAAUCCUGACUUGACACAACAUCACCACCUUCUCUGGUUCAAAUUCUUAGGUAUAUUAUUUGGCAUUGCCAUUCGGACCAAGAAACCCCUCGCCCUCCCCCUGGCUCCGCUGGUGUGGAAACUGCUUGCUGGGGUUCCUCCCUCAUCAUCUGAUCUGGAGGAGGUUGAUAUUGAAUAUAUGCAGAGCUUGCGAGCCAUCAGAGAUAUUGACCAGGAUGGGGUUACGGAAGACACUUUCCAUGAUGUGAUACCCCUUGAGAGUUUUGAGUGUACGAGCAUGACUGGAGCUCGGGUGGCAGUGGUUCCUGGAGGAAGAGCGGUUCCUCUGACGUUUACUAACAGACAAGAAUAUGUCAACCGAACAAUCUACUACAGGCUGCACCAGAUGGAUAGACAGGUUGCAGCUGUGCGUGAGGGCAUGGCCUGGAUCAUCCCUGUGCCACUGCUCUCUCUGAUGACAGCGGCUCAUCUUGAGCAGCUAGUCUGUGGCCUUCCACACAUUUCUGUGGCUACACUUAAAAAAGUUGUGAGGUAUCGUGAGGUGGACGAGAACGACCCGCUUGUGGUGUGGCUCUGGCACAUUCUGGAGUCGUUCAGCCCCUGUGAACGGGUUCUCUUUGUCCGCUUUGUGUCUGGGCGCUCACGACUGCCGGCUAAUUUGGCUGAUCUAUCACAGCGGUUUCAGGUUAUGCGUGUGGACCGGCCAAUCGACUCCCUGCCUACUGCUCAGACGUGCUUUUUCCAACUACGACUCCCACCCUACUCCAGCCAGGAGGUGAUGGCAGAAAAAAUGCGCUAUGCUAUCAACAACUGUCGCUCAAUUGAUAUGGAUAACUACAUGUUAGCCAGAAAUCAAGACCCUAACCAUCAUUCUGAUGAUGAUGAGUUUUAGGCAAUAGAUAAUGAUAUGGAGACAAUCAUAUAUCAUGAAGAAAAAAUAGAGUGAUUGACAAACAUGAGUCUGUAUAAUAAUGAUGUGAUAUUUUCAUAUGUCACAUAUCAGAGCUUAUUUUAUUAUAGAUCAGAUUCAAAGACCCUUUCAAAUAAUCAGCCAUGAAAGAAAGUGCAUUCCAUUACAUAUAUUUAUGAUAAUAUUUAUGAAAACCUCUCAAUGUUUUUUAAAUAUGGCAGUGCUCAUUCCUCUCAGAAUACAGCACCUUUCAUCAUGUCUUUCAUUAUUAAAAGCCAUAUGUUAAUGUUUAUUACACUCGUGUAGGAUAAAUGUCGACUCAUUCACGUACACAUUUAUUCUUUAUAGAGUGAAUAUUCAAGAAAGGACAAUUACAGCUUUGGGUGUAAAAUCAGUAUAGCAGCAAGUCUUAAGUACCCUUUUGCUUUUGUGUGGACAAGUAAUAUGAGUCAAUGGAGGCUGAUUUUUUUUUUCUCAUCUUCUAGGAAAUCUCUUAAAUUGCUGUAGUUUUUGUAUAUUCAAAAAAGAUCAAUCAUUUUUGUGAAUAAAAAAAGAGUGAUAAUGGUGAAGCCAGCAAUUGGAACAUAAUUAGAGCUGUGACAUGUCAUAUUUUGACAAGUUCUUGUUUUUGUUUGUGGAGUGAAAGUAAAGAUCACAUUUUACUGAAGUUAAUGGAUUAAGGAGCCACAGUGUGAAGUCUCUUGUACAAUUCAUGGUUUUAGGCUUAUGAUAUUCUUGAGGCACGAAUCUUUUAUUGUUACGUAUUUGACGCCUGAAAGGAAAUUGGAGAACCUGUAUCAAGUUUAUUUCAGGUUUUAUGAAGCGAUGUUUCUGUUUGUUAACUUAGUUUGGUAAAUCUCAUGGUAAUUUUAUGAAACUGAAAGUAAUCUACCUAGUCUUUUAGUCACAAAAUUUUAUGUAUGUAAAACACUACAUCCCGUAAAACAAAGUCUCUCAAAUUAUUGGUGGUUAAAAGAGCCAUGUCAGUUACCGAUUGCCACAAACACUACAUGUGAAGCAGUCUGCAUAAUGUACAGAGAAGUUUACUGAGAGAGAGAGAGAGAGAGAGAGAGAGAGAGAGAGAGAGAGAGAGAGAGAGAGAGAGAGAGAGAGAGAGAGAGAGAGAGAGAGAGAGAGAGAGAGAGAGAGAGAGAGAGAGAGAUAGGAAAUCAUGAACGGGAGUGAAUUCAAGAUUGCAGGAUCUUUUCAUUCAAUUUUAUCCUAGGUGAAACUUGUGGAGGAGCUUCUCAGUAGUCUCGUCUGUGUUGUGUAUUAGUGUGGUGCUGAAGUUACGGUUUUGUAUUUUGAUGUGUGUGUUUUUUUAUGAGUGGCUUUAUUAUGAACAGGAAUAGCUUGAGUAAGAUUGUGUGAACCGUGUAAUCUGGUAGCACCAAUAUUUUAGCUAUUGUAAACGUCGAAAGAAUUUGGAAAGUGUUACUGAAUAAAACUGUGUAGUUAAGUUUGCAUUCAGUCUGUAGUGAAUUACAGCAUUAGUUUUUGAAUAUCUGCAGUACAUGAUAAAGAAUGCUGUGCUUUUUAUUUAUUAUUUUUUUUUUUAGGAAGAAUUAUUUUAAUUUCCUUUUUGAUGAAAUGUGAUAAAUGUCUCUUUUUUUCUUUCUCUUUUUUGUAAGUGUGUGGGGGGAGUGUACAUAGCAACUGAUUUUGACCAAACUGCAGUGAUGUUAUGAAAAAGAAAAAAAAGCCUCUCUUUUGCGAGACACCAAUUGAUAAGCUAUGUGAUUCAGGUUUUAAUCUGAGUAUGAGCUUCUGGAUGUUGCUUUUUCAUUUUUCUUUGGCGAUAUUUCCUUCAAUGUGUGUCUUGUGAUGAAGAAGAAACAUUAUGCAAACAAAGAGACAAACCUCUUUUACGCGAGGGUGUGAAACAAGAUGAAACGAUGGCCAAGUGCUGUUAAGAAAUGACAUAUUUUAGAGCUGGUUUGCUUUUGGAGCCUUUUUAAAAAAGAUAAGGUGAGGAAAUACAAUCCUUUUAAUAUCACACAUUGCUUUCCCUUUGAUUUGGUUCAGGAAAAAAAAGCAAUCUCACACGUAUUCUUUCAUGGAACACAACAAACUGCCUUGCUUCUUGUGAGGUCUUUCAGUCGGUCUGAGGUGUAGUAGUGGCAUUGUAUUUUUAAACAGUGAUCUGUCCUUUUUCAGAUGAGUAUCAUUUUAUCAAUAUAUUGCUCAGGAAUUAUUGCCUUCGUUACAAGAAAGAUUUUGUUUCCCCCAACUUUGAUCUAUCGUUUUACGGUCUUCAGCGAUGGCCGUCUGUCGAUCAAAUGUGAUUUAAUUUAUUUGUUUGCCUUUGGAGGAGUCUAGAUUCUAGGUUAUAGGCGAAGAGGUGAUCAUUUCAGUACUAUACUAUUUUUUUCUUUUUAUCGCAGCAAAGUUGUAUUUGAGAAAUUGGUGAUGCUUAGCUGAGUCAUCACUAACCUGUCAAGUGCAUCUUCACCCCAGUAAAAAGAAAAAGGGUAUGGUUUUAGUUGUUUCAGCUUUGAAACUAUGUAUUUGAUUUAUUAUCAUCUGUAUUUGUUAAGCUCUCAUUUAUUUCAUGAUGUUUUUUCCUGAACGAUAAACAUUUUCUGUUUUAUUUAUAUCAUCAGUUCAUUUUACACUAACUUUAAGUAGGAUCAUUGUGGAAAAGGUUAAUAUAAUUUUUAUUUUUUUUUUAAUUAUUUAAUAUGCAGGAAGUAAGAGAAACUUCAAUAUACUUGCUAGUCAUGAGAGACACAUUCACAAUCACUAAUGACUGUUGUGCCAAAAUUAUUUGGAUUUGCAUGGACAGUUAUGAAAAUGGUGAUGGAGGCCUUUCCACUUGGGGGCCUUCGUGUCUUGUUACUCCUUUUCCAAACUGUAUCGAGGGGUAAUUGAAUAAGAAAUAUUGAAAAGAGGUUCUUUAUAUGUCUAGAGCAUCAGUCAUGAAACAGGAAGAGUGGAUGGGUUCCUUGAAAACUUUUUUUUUUUCAAUGUUUCUUGCCAUUUUGCUUUUUUGCUCACUAUACAUUGUUGAAUCACAUGUCUUUGUUUUGUUUAUGUAAUUCUGUUUGGAUUAUCACGACGAAAGUAAAAAGACAAUUGUACUGUAUUUGUAUGCAGGUUGAAUAAGAAAAAAAAGUGAUGGAU